UAUGAGCUUGAUAGGAUAAAGCUGUCUUGUCCAAUUCCAUAGAAAAAGCACACAGUAAGUGUAACUAACUAACCAAAGAAGCACACUUCCGUAACUCAGAAGGAUCGUUGGAUCUGAGCCUAACUCAUAGUCGGUUCCGAAAAUUAUUGCUGCCUUCAGAAUCUGACGCUAAUUUAUAUAUGCACACUGCACUCUCACGCACACUCACCUUUUCGAUCUUUUCAAUACCCUCAAACUCUCUCUUCCACCCCAUUUCUGCAUAUAUACACCCACCAAAUUCCUUCCAUAAAAGCUUCCAAAAAAAAUAAUGGGUCACCCAUCACUUUUUCUCGUGCAGCUUCUUGUUACCUCUCUCCUCUUUCUCUCUUUUGAUUAUGGAUUCGGUAGGGUGGAACUGACGGAGACUCAUCAGGAUUUUCCCAUUCGCACGAUUGUAAAGUAUGACAUUGCGGAUUAUUCUGAUCCACAGCCAAAUACCAAUCCAAAGAAUGGGUAUGUUUUGAGUCCACCUUCAUCUCCAACUCCAAUUCAUCCUCCAAGUCCUUAAAUGGAAGCUCAAGAUUGGACUUUCACCACUUGUUUAUGUCUUUCUGAACGGUUUUGUAACUGGGGUAGUGUGUGAUCGCUUCCAGUUUGACACGGGAUUCGUAGAAUUAGGAUCAUGAUACUUGUGUUGCUGUGAAUUUAUAUCCUUUAGUUUUUCAUGUGUUUUCAGAAUGCAAAUUGUGAAUUGUGCUAAUAAAUAAAUUACGUGUUUGAUUACUUUGCACAUCCAA